UUUCAGCAGCAGCCAUCAUACCAGUAGUUUUUGUUUUCUCAGGUAUUUAGAUUUCAGACGUGUUUAAUGAAUAGUCGUGAUAAAAUAAUCAGUGUGCGGCUAUAAAAUUUGUUGUUUUCAUAUCUGUGUUUAGGAUAAUGAGUUGCUCGGACUCGGAUUCGCCGAAUACAGAAAAAGCCGUGGACGGUUCCGAUAUGGGAGACGUUAUUGGCAAAGAGGCCGAUGAAGCCGAGACCGAAGAUAUGUCAUCUAAAAUUCCUGAAAUUGAAACUAAUCGGCAGGAUGCUGAUGGAGCAUCUAGUAACGAUGACCAAGGAGUAGCUACAAUUGAAAACCAGUUGUUCAAUUGUAAUGAAAGUGAUGGAGAGGAAGUCAUUGCUAAAGAAGACGAAGCUCCCUGUUCAUGCGAUGCUUGCAAAGACCGGAGGGUUGUGGCAGAGAACACAGUAGAGGAGAUGCGCAGACUGCAGGCUCACUGGAUGGACCUGCGACAGUACAUCCGGAUGGUUUACCGCAUGGCCAUGGAAGUCAAGUCACCCACUGAGGGAUACCAGGAGUUUAUCAAGGAACAUGUGCACAAAUUGUGCACGUGCGAUCCUCAUCAACUGUAUCAAAGAUUAGAAUCUCAAGUUCAAGAGUUUGUGAUAGAAACUAAAGUGAGACAACUUGAACUUCUGAAAAGAGAGAAAGACUCACCAGUAUUAGCUUACUUAUUCAUCUCAGGGCUCCUAGAUAGUUACAAGAAGCUGAUGGCAGCUGCCAAUGAGCUGGCACCUCUACUAGAGCAGCUACAGACUGAACAUCUCAGCAAGUUUAACCUGACGUGGAAGGUCCUCAACCAACACCUCUACCAGAGUUGUGUCUACACCGACCCCUUCGUGCAGAAUAAAGUUCCUGAAUGUAUAGCCAAGCUCAGUAACAGUUGUCCGGACCCUGGUGAUGCCAACAAGAAGCUAGUCCGAGAGUUCCUCAGUUUUGAUGAUGAGAUCACCCUGGUGGGCAGCAUGUGGCGUGAGGCAGAGGCCAGGAUACACCAGUACAAUCAAGAGCAAGCUACUCUCAAAGCAAAACAAAGAAUGAUGAAAGAAGACUGGGAAUUUUUUAAAGCUCAAAGAAAACUGAUACACCAGAAAAUAUGGAAUAAAUCUAAUACUGGUCAGUUUGAUGAUGUGGGAGAGGAGGCAGCUUGUCAUCGCAGUUGUCCGUGUGACGAGUGUGCCAUGAAUCACCUCAUCAACUGUGGAGCUCUGAUGACUCCUCCUCACUCCCCUGCACUACCACCUACCAGUGAGAAUGGCAGUCGUGUGGAGGGUGAGGGCAGAGAGCAGACUGAGCCCAACACAGAGUGUGAGUGUCAUGUCUGCACAGCUCCUCCCGUCACCUCCCCUGUGGUGGACUUAGAGGCAGCUGGAGGGAUGAAUCUCUACCAACACGGAGGUGGUUUCCAUCUCUACCCUCACAUUCAUGGCACUGGUGGAGUGGUUGGAGUUGAUGACAAUGUAGCCAAUGUUUACCCUCACUUGUACAACAUACAUUCCUCUCUAUUGGCCAACAAGCACACAGAACCCCUGGAUCACAAACAGCCGCUGAGCGUUACAGAGACUAAGGCAGGAUCAGUGUUGAGGCCGACCACACCUCCUGCACCUCCACUCAAAAGGCCAGACCCUCCCCUUCCUCCUGCACCUCCCACCACAAACAAGGUUGUGUGUACAGCUAAGGGUCAUCGGCACAGCACAACACAGACUCCGGCUCCCAGACUACAUCAAACGUUGCCUGACGUAGUGCCUCCGUCUUGCCACAAUCACGACAGCUCUCACAACAAGCGACUGCCUUGCCCUGCCGGUCAUGGACACGACCAUGAUGAUGAGACAACACCUGAGGACAGUUGUUCAGACAGGUCCUCCUCCACGCAGAGAGGGGACUCCAGGCAUUGUGACUGCUGUUACUGUGAGGUCUUCGGCCAUGGCGUGCCAUCAGUGGCACCAGUGAGUCGCAACUACACGGAGAUGCGUGAAAGGCUCCGGUUGUUGUUGACAAAGAAAAAAGCAAAGUGCAAAUCAUCAACAGCGGCACCACCCCCCGCUUCUGUUCCUACCAACACUCCUCCUGUCAACAACAGUACUACAGCUAACGUUCCUCCUGCAGUCAAUGGUAUUUUGGAGCAACCCAAAGACCCUAGAGAUUUGGAAGACUUAUUAGAUUUUAUAGAAGGAAAUCCCUCUCAAAAGUGUAAAGACGAAAAGAAGGCUGCUAAAAAAGCUAGACAGAAGCAGAAAAAACAAGAAGAAAUUGAAAGGAAGAAAAGAGAAGAGGAGGAAGCAGAGAGGCGAAGGAUAGAAGAGGAAGAGGCUGCCAGGGCAUUGUUGAAGCAGCAGAGGAAGGAAGCCAAGAAAGCUAAGAAGAAGAAGAAAGCCCUAGAGGCUUUGGCUGCCUCAGGAGCACUAAAGCAGGAGGAGCAGCCACAGAUGGUGACCAUCAAGCGGGUGAUGGAGCCCAACUCUGCAGAGCCUACAGUAACCAUCACAUUAAGAGGCGCAACCCCCAGUGAGGACAAGGUGCUGUACACACUGCUCAACGGACAAGUUUGUCAAAUCCCCAAGGACAGUAACAAUCCUAAAAACAACCAGAAAGGAGGAAAACCAACACAGCAGUCCAAUCAACAGAAUGGGGUCAAAUCGAAAAAUGUACAAAACAACUCAAACAUUUCAGUGAAUCACAAUAAUUGUGUACAAGGACAGUCGGGGAAGAGUAAUGGUAAAGCUAAGAAAGAUACAAGCAGUAGCAACAGCCAAAGUAGUAGUAACCAGAAGACAGCAGUAACAAAUAAUCAGUCCAAGAAAAAGGAAGAGACUGUUAGCAAACAGAAGCCUAAAACUGCUCCUGCACCUCCCCCACCAGUAGCUGCCCCGCCUCCAGCUCCUGCCCCCGCACCCAAGCUGACAAGUUCCACCGCAAUACAGAUAAACAACGCCAUCAAUUGUCUGUCUUCACGUCAGCCUCUGCCAAGCUUUAGUCUGGACAGUCUCAAGCUGCCCCCUGGCAUCACCAUCACCAAGGUGGACCCCUCGCAGGUCACUCAGCAGCGGAAACCUCCGCCACAGCCUAGUAAGCCACCAACCCCUCCUGUGAUGCCCAACCCUCCACCCCAGAUGCCUGCAGCCUCAAAUGUCAUUGUUGUAGACACUGGCAAACUGAAAGAUCUCAAUACUGUUCCUAACAAAGAUUUUUCUGAUGAUGCUAAUGGCAAAAAGAAGAAAAACAAAAAGAAAAAUGGGAAUGGAAAUCAAAUGAAUGGUGAUAUUCCGACAAUGGAAACUCUGAAGAGUAAUGGUAACAACAUGGUCCGGUUGACAAUGAACGGUGGACCACCAAAGAGGGUUAUGCCUUCGCCACAGCCAGUGAACGGCAAGGUGAUGCUACCUCCACAGGCUGCCAUCAUCAAGGUGAACGGCUCCAUGGUGACCAUCCGUAGUCCGGCCCUGCAACAAGCACUCAACGCCUCGUCUGCGGACCAGGCCAAGAAGAAGAAGAAGAAAAAGAAGGGCACAGGACAAGGACAGCACGAAGAGUCUUGGAACGAUGAGGAAAGUGUGUUUGCCCCAAAAGAUAUAGACCUAGAGAGUGGAGAGAUGGACGAUGCAGAACGAGAGCUGGAGGCAUUCAAGAGGUUCUGUCUGCAGUCGGUGCCUCCCAAGCAGAAAGAGACCCCCACCCACCUCAACAUCAAGGACAUUGUACUUAAGAAGAAGUCUUCAGCGAUCAGCUGUAGUUAAGAUCUUGCACUGCCUGUACAGCAUCAAUAUUCACCAUGUGACUAGAUAGAUUGUAUGUCAACACUUUUUCUUUAUUAUUGCCAUUAUUAUAGGUUUAAGAUGUAAAAUUUUUUAAGAGACCCCUUAUUGUUUGGUUUUAGUGCAGGUUGUUUAUAUGUCUGUACUGCUUCCAGUUAGUCUACUGCCAAACACUGGUGUUGUAUUUGUUAUACUAAGUUAUAAUUUAAGUCGCAUGUAAGAUGAAUAAAUUUUAUUGCAUUUUUUAUGUA